AUGGUAGAAAAAUUGAUUCAACAACUGUUAACGAAUUAAAAAAAGUAGAAUCUAAACGAAGAAAUUUUGAUAUUGCGAGCAAAGUUGGAGCCGGAUUUGCUAUUCUGGGUGGAGUAGUUUCUAUAUUUGCAGCACCGGUUACUGGAGGUGCUUCUUUAGUUGUUGAAGGUAUAGCUCUUUUUGAAGGAGGAUUAGUCGUGGCUGGAUCCACAGGCGCAAUUGCUCUAGGAUCGAAAUUUGCUUCCAAUAAAAGUAGCAAUGAGAUUGAUACUCUAAAUAAGCAGUUGACCUUAGAAAGAAAUCAUUUAUCUUCUAACAUUAAGCUAUUGAAUCAGAAUCUUGAGUCAAUCAUUGAAGAAACUUCUGGAAUA